CAAACGUAAACAUAUAUCUUUUGUGUGGAAUAAUAGAAAAUAAAAACUUCAUUAUUUUGUGAAAUUAUCAGUUUAUUUUGUAUAAAUAAAAAACGGAAAAAAUAAAUUCAAACAAAAUAAAAGUGUUUAACAUUUGGUAAUACUUGACCAAAUUACGGUGUGUAUUUGGUGUGACAAAUGGCAGAAUGGCGGAUGAUCCGGACAGAACACCGCGUUUGUAUCAGUAUCGACAAGACCGCUCCAGAUUCGCUUGUAUCGCCUACAGUUUAACGGUGAUCUUCUUUUGCAUCUCGAUCGUGCAAUGGAUCCUAAUGAUUAUACUUGAUGGAUUACGCAACUUCAUCAUUGACUUUUCUUAUAUCUCAAUAAUUGCUCUCCUUAUCGGCAUGCUGUUGGUGACAUCGUUCGUAUUUUUCGAGAAUCUGCGCUUUGCGACCCCCAUCAAUUGGUUUCUAACAAUUAUAAUUGUGCUCAUGACAACUUGGGGCAUUUCGCGCGCAAUUGUCGAACCAAGUCUAGCGCUAUUCGGCAUAACACUGCUGUUCGUGGCCAUUUUGGCCGUCAUGUUCAUAUUGAUCGGUGUUUAUAUUCGUCACGAUUUAACACUGGAUGUUGUGAUACUGUUUGUAGCUGCCGUUAUAUUUUUCAUCACCUCAGUAUUCUUUGUAAUGCUGCAGAUUAUGGCUGGUCUAAAAAUAGCGUUUUUCAUAUAUGCCUCGAUCAUAAUAAUAACGGUGUUGAUGUUCCUCAUGUACCAUGCGCAAACCAUAAAUGGCUACCGUUACGCGGAAAUGCGUCUAAAUGACUAUCUGCUGGCCGCACUCAUCAUCUAUCACGAUCUAACAAUACUGCUGAUCAUGUCCUUCUUACUGAUUGGCAAAAUAUAUACGCUGGCAGGUGGCAGUGGUCUAUAUUUUUACGGCGAUUCAUGUUGUGGGAACACUACAGGCGCAUCGAACCGUUCGCUCUACUAUGAUCCAUCGCUAUAUAAUACCGGUUCAACUGGCAAUGAUAAUGUGGCGCCAAUUUAUCUGUAAACUGUAUGAAAAUGCGAAUUGCGUCAGGACUUUUAGAAAGUAUUAGUUUUAAAAUCUCGAAUCGUAAUUUUGUUUGUUUAGUGUAUGUAUGUAUAUCAUAUAACUGUAAAUUUAUGUUGUAAGUGUGUGGCGAAUAAAAGCUGCUUGAAAGAUUUUCA